GAUAGAUACGUGCGAGAGAGAAAAAGAUCAGUCUUGUGAAAAUGGCAGCGGGCUGACAGACGUUGGAGCAGCUGAGUGCAUUGAAUCAGGCCACAAGUCACUUAUGCCGUACUUGGAAGAACAAGAACUGGAAGACACCAUGGACGACAGCAAGCCAGAGGUGUCUGUCAUUGAUGUUUACGACAUAGCAUCGGAAAUUGGCAAGGAAUUCGAGAAAAUGAUCGACGUGUAUGGGACGGACGCAGUCAUCAAUUUGAUGCCGAAAGUGAUAAACGCCCUGGAGCAGCUCGAGGGCUUGGCCACUCGCAAUGAACGGGAGAAUAAUCAAAUCCAGGAGCUUAAAGCUCGCAUCGCCCAGUUGGAGAAAGACAAAAUUGGCAAAGCGGAAGAUCGCCAGCGAUUUGAAAUGGAGCUGGAGCAAAUUGAAGAGCACUGGAGGGAGGAGUCCAGAGAUCUGGAAGCGAUGGUCUCGCACUUGCAGGAGGAGAACCGAAAAUUGAGUUCAGUGCUUGCGGAAAAAAAACAGGCUGAGAAGGCUCCCGAUCCAGGUGCCCUAUUAAGCCCUGAGGUCGAUAUGGCAUUAGUGCAAAGACUUCGGGGCUUAGUAGAUCGUCUCAAGGAUCAGUUAAGGCAAAGAGACAGGGAGCUGCUCAGCAAACAGACUGAAAUGGAAUCUUUGUCAUCACAAGUCGAGCAGUUGACCAUCAUUAGCCGUGAAUUACGAAGGAAACAACGCUUAGGGCAAACCCAAAUCCAUUCAUUGAUUGAUGAAAGAGCUGAUUUUCUUGCUCAAUUACAUGAUCAGCAACGUGAAGUACAGUCAUUGAGGCAGCGUCUUGGCUUGGCAGAAAAGGAAAAUGAAGAUCUGAGUAUAUCUGCUCAAGACUCCCCUGAUCUCACAAAUAAAGUUAUAUAUGACAAAGAUGACCCUAACCGGCCAAGAUUUACUACUCAGGAGCUGAAAGAUAUUCUUCAUGAGAGAAAUGAACUUAAGGCUCGAGUUAGUGACUUGGAAGAUGAGUUGGAAAUGUAUCGACCAAAGGAACCACCAAAGAGCCCACAGGAGGAGGAACUGAUCGUUGAGGGUCCAUUGCCUCAAGAGCCAGAUGAUGCCCCUUGGAAAAAGUCAGAUUCCGGAAUACGCAAAUUAUUCAAAUACCUUACCAACGUCAUGUCCACCACCCAGCUCAUCUAAGAAGCUCUGAUAAAGUGAAACGUAAGGGGUGUGCAGGGUUUGCUUGGUUUGGGAGCCUCUGCUCGCUUUGGUGUAGUUUCAUUCUUUUGACUAUACCAAGGAGUCCUUGCUCAAGAAUUGUAAGGGGCCCAUUCUCCACCUUAAUUGAUGCAUUGUCACCACUCAGGAAUUUUUUUUAGUUCUUGUUUGUUCUCUGAGGUAGUUGCAUUUAUCAGUAGUCACUAUCUUUUGAUUUUGUAGAUAAAUGUAGUUGAUUGUAAUUUUGCUUUCUUAGGGCUCCCAGUGAGUAUCACCUGCAUUUUAGUGAUCUAGAAAAUCAUUUAGUCAAGAAGUGCAUCUUCUUUUAGAUAAUUAUUGUUUAACAUUUUGUAUAAAACUUUGGAUACAAAGCCAUCCUGAAUUUUGUUUGGAAACAAACAAAGGUUUUCAGUAUUAUGUACUUAUAUUUUAUACUCUUGUAUAGAAAGACAAAAGAAAAAAAGACCACAUUCUCAGUGAGGUUUGCUUGGUGUGUGAAUAGACUUUUGCUCCUUCAAAUCUCUUUUUCUUGAAUCUCUCUGGGUCUAAAGGUGUACCUAUUUACCUGUCUGUUUGUGAACUGUACCAAGUAGUUUUGCAACUUUGAUGUAACGGUUAUGGAGCUUAAAAGUUUUUGUGGAAGCCUGUCUCUUGGGUGAUGGUUUGCUUGCGUCUGUGUGCAGCUUCCGACGACUGUUCAGUGAGGGUGUCACUGGUGGUGGUACCAGUGUGCUGCCCUUUGUUGGAGGCAGUAGCAGCAGCGGCUCUAAACCGAUCCUUUCGUCUUCUCUCUCCAAGAUUGGUCUGUCUGGCCAUUUGUCUUC